UGACGCCACAGGAGUCCAACUAGUGGACCUUAAACCGUAAAACAGCUCUGUGUGGCAGAUCAAUAGGACCGAUCGGGAAGAGGGAGGAAGUGAGGUUGGGAGAGGGUCUCUGUCCUUUUUACCCCUCUUAGUGGUCUUUGUUUUAGCCUAGUGGAGAAGAACCUUCCACUUGAAUCCUGUGCCUUGCAGCCUCAACCUAUCUUGUUGGGAGAAAGGAAAACUUUUGAUCUGUAGAAGAACAAUAACGUUGAAAGGUGAGAUGAAUUCCUGCCCGAUCCUGCCUGAAUAGACUGCAGAACUUUGGAAUGACAGAUCGAACGCAGGUAUGAGGAACUAACCACGUCCUGAGACAGCCGGAUUUCUGCUCUGCACCUGCUUGCUGCCGAGAGAGGGUCUGUGUGAACCAGUUCUCCUCCACCCCGCCACGGGAGAGGCAAAGGGGCUGAUUUAGUACUUGGGCCCCUGGCCAAAGGUCCACAUCCCGCCGGCAGAGAACAAGGAGUAAAGCUGCCAUGUUGCCUCCUCUUCCGGCUGCGAGAGAAUAUGGCUCAAAGCAGAAUCCAGAAAAGGAGUGCAUCUCUGGUGGAAAAUGCCCAACCACAGCCCUCUGUCUUCAAACUGGUUUUGCUGGGAAGCAGUUCUGUGGGAAAAUCGAGCUUGGUUCUUCGCUAUGUGAAAAAUGAAUUCAAGAGCAUCCUUCCUACUGUGGGCUGUGCUUUCUUCAGUCAUCUGGUUUGCUUAGACAAUGCCACUUUAAAGUUUGAGAUCUGGGACACAGCAGGACAAGAGAAAUACCACAGUGUUUGCCACCUCUACUUCAGGGGAGCGAGUGCCGCUCUACUGGUCUACGACAUUACCAAGAAGGAUUCUUUCCACAAGGCCCAGCAGUGGUUGAGAGAACUGGAGAAUGAGAUCCUAAAUGACGAAACUGUCAUCAUGCUGGUUGGCAACAAGACAGAUCUUAUGGAUGAGCGGGAGGUUACAGAGGAGGAAGGAAAGGAGUUUGCAGAGAGUAAAAAACUACUGUUCUUGGAAGCAUCGGCUAAGGAAAACCACCAAGUGACUGAGAUCUUUACUGCCAUAGCUCAGGAAUUAUUACUAAAGGAAGAACAAAGGGAGGCUAAGGCUCAUCAGUGGAAGAAUUCCCAAGUGGACCUGAGUGAAACAAGUGGAAACCGAAAAAAAUGCUGCUCCAACUAAGGCGAAGCUCCUCUAGAUUACAAGCUCCUCCCUCUAGACUGUAAACUCCUUGUGAUCAGGGAUCAUGUCUACCAGCUCUGUUAUACUGUAUUCUUCCAAGUGCUUAGGACAGUGUUCUGCACACAGUGAGCUCUCAAUAAUCCUGAUCAAGAUCUGUAUCCUGCCAGAUUCUGCUCCUCCGAAAAGCAAGUACAGUGCCCUCUUAAGAAAAUGAAACUAGGAAUAAAGGAAAGUCACCUUUCAUGUGUUAUAAAAAUUAAAAUGACCAUUAAAAUGAAA